AAGAGGCUGCUGCGGUGCCGUCCUAGGGCUGAAAAGACGGGGAGCCGCCAGCUCCUAGUAAAGCGUUCGGCUGGAGGGUCGUCACGGUGCUGCUCUGUCUGGGGAAGGUCUGUGCGGCUGUGACAGCGGGCGCAGAACAGCUGCGUGAAAACGCCUCCGGAGAGCAAACUCCAGACCGGGACGGCUGACUGACACAGGACAGUCAGCCCGGCCCAUCAGGGUACACCUGUUUUAGCAAAUUGCAUUUAGCUAACAAUGAGUCAGAAGGAAAUUCACGGCAGCCAAAAUUCACGGGAUGAUUUGCUAGCAGAUUUCCCUAAAGGCCCGCUUUCCAGAUAUCGAAAGAAAGCUUCCUUCAACUGGAAGGAGAUGGCACUGUUCACAGAUGGUGAAGAUACCAUCCAGCUGAAGAACAGAAUCUUCUCCGCUCUGGAAAAUGAUCCUCUCUUUGCACAUCAUCCUGGAGAAGAUUUGUGCCGUGAGAAAUACCAGGAGCUGACCUUCCUGCGCUGCAAAAGGCUCUUUGAGUAUGAGUUUCUCACUCAGCAAGAGAUGAUGGAGAACCCAUUAAGGCUUUUUGAUAUGGUGCUCUGUGUAGGAAUGUAUGAUUGGUCUCUAUGUCUCAAGUUUUUCUUACAUUCUGGUACGUUUGCAGGUUCAAUUAUGAGUGCUUCUAAGAGAUUUGCACACAUUUUGAAACAAACUUAUAGCAUGGAGAUUUUUGGAUGUUUUGCUCUGACUGAACUCAGCCAUGGAAGUAACACCAAAGGCUUACGGACUACGGCCACAUUUGAUCCCAGCACUCAGGAAUUUGUCAUCAAUACACCUGACUUUGAAGCUGCAAAGUUCUGGGUUGGUAACAUGGGGAAACAUGCCACUCAUGCAGUUUUGUAUGCCCAGCUCUAUACUCCUGAUGGACAGUGCCAAGGAUUACAUCCCUUUAUUGUACAGAUUCGAGAUACAAAAACUCUCCUACCAAUGCCAGGUGUGAUGGUAGGAGACAUAGGAAAGAAACUUGGGCUGAAUGGGUUGGAUAAUGGAUUUGCCAUGUUCCACAAUGUCAGGAUACCAAAAGAAAACAUCUUGAAUAUAGCUGGAGAUGUCACAGCUGAGGGGAAGUACUCAAGUUCUAUCAAGGAGGUUAAAGAACGUUUCAGUGCAGCUCUGGGGUCCUUGUCCAGUGGCAGAAUUAUAAUCACAGGACUUUCCACAACCAACUUAAAGCUUGCCUUGGCAAUAGCCAUUCGCUUCUCAGCAGCUCGCUGUCAGUUUGGACCAGCUGAGGAUGAAGAAAUACCUGUCCUUGAAUACCAAACACAGCAAUGGCGUCUUUUACCUUAUCUGGCUGCUGCAUAUGCCUUAGAUUAUUUCUCAAAGUCCCUGUUUGGGAACUUUGUAGAGUAUUUUGCAGGUGUUUUGACAAAGCAAAGGAAUCAGAGACAGGCUGAUUUGGGACGUGAGAUUCAUGCUUUAUCUGCUUCCAGCAAAUCACUGGCAUCUUGGACUGCUCAGCAGGCAGCCCAGGAGUGCCGAGAAGCUUGUGGAGGGCAUGGUUACCUUGCCAUGAAUCGUCUGGGUGAAAUCCGAAAUGACAAUGAUCCAAACUGCACAUAUGAGGGAGAUAACAACGUCCUGCUCCAGCAAACCAGCAACUACUUACUGAACUGGAUGAAUUGCAUAAAAGAUAAAGCUCCUUUUGAAUCCCCUUUGGGAACAAUAAACUUUUUGCAAGACUACCAUCAUAUUCUUGGCUGGAAAUUCACAGCCAUUAGUGUGGAAGAUUGCAUGGACUCCUCAGUUCCUUUAGCAGCUUAUAAAUGGCUGGUUUGCUACCUGCUCCGAGAAAGUGACCUAAAAAUGAAUAAGGAGAAGCAGGCCGGACAAAGUGAUUUUGAGGCAAAAAACAACUGUCAGGUGUACUACUGUCGGUCUCUGGCUAUUGCUUUCGUUGAGCAGACAGCCUUGCAGCGCUACCACGACUACACUCACGAUCCCAGCGUCCCAGCAGCUCUGCAGCCAGUGCUUAGGGAUCUCAGUGCUCUCUAUGGACUCUGGUCCUUGAGUAAACACCUGGCUGUGCUCUACCAAGGUGGCUAUGCUUCAGGUGAACAACCUGGGAAAUUUAUUCAGGAUGCUAUUCUGAAGCUCUGUUACAGGUUGAAAGAUGAUGCAGUUGCCUUGGUUGAUGUCUUUGCUCCUUCUGACUUCAUUCUCAACUCUACCAUUGGUAAAGCAAGUGGAGAGUUAUACAAAAAUAUGUGGGGAGAAAUCCUUCAAGGCAACAAAGCUCUGAACAGACCUUCAUGGUGGGCAGAAUUUUGCAUGAAUAAACCUGUUAUAGGCAGGCUGAGGUCAAGAUUGUAAACCAAACAGCUUUUAAGUGUCUGGAUGGGCCUGAGAUGGAUACCUUGUUCCAAACAUCAGGAGGAAAUGAGACCAUAUGAAGGCUGAAAAUGGAAGGGAUUUUCAUUGAGAGGUGCCAAGUUUUAAAAUAACUUUGAAAUCAAGUCCAACUUGAUCUGAGGGACUGUUAACAUAAUGACAAGAUCAAGAGCAACACAUCUGCACACAAUAUAUAUUUACUCAAUUAAAUUUUAAAAAAUGAAGAUUUAUUUUAAUCACUGCUUUGCAAAGUUUAUAUUAAAAAAAAAUUUCCAAUC